GUCUUUCUCCACCAAUAUCCCUUUCUUUCUUUCUUUCAUCCCAUCCUCUCACACUUUCAUCUUCUCCCCACUCGUCAAUCCCAUUAAUACUCCAACAUGUCAGGCGAGAUCAGACGUAAACUCGUCAUUGUCGGUGAUGGUGCUUGUGGUAAAACAUGUCUAUUGAUCGUAUUCAGUAAAGGCGUGUUCCCUGCGGUUUAUGUUCCUACCGUUUUCGAAAACUACGUGGCAGAUGUUGAAGUAGAUGGAAAGAAGGUGGAGUUGGCUCUUUGGGAUACUGCCGGUCAAGAAGAUUACGAUCGUCUUCGACCAUUGUCUUACCCUGAUUCUCACGUUAUCUUGAUUUGUUUCGCCGUUGAUUCCCCGGAUUCUUUGGAGAACGUGCAAGAAAAGUGGAUCUCGGAAGUGUUGCACUUUUGUCAAGGAUUGCCAGUCAUCCUCGUCGCUUGCAAGAAAGAUCUUCGUCGUGAUCCUAAAACUCUGGACACACUGAGCAGGAUGGGACAACAACCCAUAUCAACCGAAGAGGGACGUGCUAUCGCGCAAAAGAUCGGAGCUCAGAGUUAUGUAGAAUGCAGUGCCAAGACUGGUGAAGGUGUUAGGGAGGUGUUUCAAACUGCUACCCGUUACGCAUUGAUGAGCAAGAAAUCUGGACGUGGACGUGGACAGAAGAAAUGCGUCGUUCUCUGAAUAGAGCAUGGUUGUACUCAUAUCUUGUGCGACGAUCCGACCGAUUACCCCUCUCCCUUACAUUCUUUCCCCCCGACCUCCUCUCCCACAGUCGAUUCGACGAGGGUUUAUGAUUACUGUGGUUUGAGACGUUCUGUUUUUUUCCCGUAAUGCUGAUGUAUAUACGCGCCUGAGCUACCAUGAGAAAUUUGUACGAGGU